AUGGCACCCAUCACCCAGCAGCACCACCACCGCAGCACUCUAAAGCAGACCAACAAGCCAUUCAAGAGCAGACAUGCCUCGAAAGGCGCGAUCAAGGAUCGCUCAAAAGGAAAGGUCGAGAUCGAGCGGGGUGUGCGCAGGACCCCUCACCAGCAAGUCAUGUCGAAACUCGACCGCAGGAACCAGGCUCGCCAGAAACAAUUGUUGAAACGCAAGGAGAAGGUUGAGGCCACCAGCAUCUUUUCCGGCCAGAAUGGCGCUCCUCGACAUACAGCCAUCGUCCCUCUCGCGGAUACCAUUGACAUCCCCGCCGUCGUCCGCUCCUUGAACGAGAGCGUCGAUGUUCCUGACGAGGUGUCUGUCGAUGGGCCCUGCCGAGUGCGUAUUGAUCGCUUUAGACAGAGCUUGUUGUAUCUUCCGGCGAAAUACGAGCUGAUGAGCGCCCUGGAUGUAUGCCGUUUGGCCGACUUCGUCAUCAUUGUGCUGCCAGCAGAGGAAGAGGUGGAGGAAGAAGGAGAAAUCAUACUACGGUCUAUCGAAGGUCAGGGUAUCUCGAAUGUCCUUGUUGUGACACAGGGUCUCGACAAGGUCAACCCGCCGAAGAAACGGCCCCAGGUUGUCGCAUCGCUGAAAUCAUACAUCAACCACUUCUUCCCCACUAUCGAGAAGGUUCUCUCCCUCGACUCGAGACAGGAGUGCGCAAACGCAGUACGAUCGCUCUGCACGGCUACUCCCAAGGGCAUUCACUGGAGGGACGAUAGAAGCUGGAUGCUCAUCGAGAAUGUCAAAUGGCCCGAAGUCAAUGCCAGCGCGGUCGACGAUGUGGUGGUAACAGGGAUUGUCAGAGGGAAGGGCUUAAAGGCAGAUCGUCUUGUGCACAUCCCCGGCUGGGGUGAUUUCCAGGUGAAGUCCAUUACAGCAGCUCCCCUGCCAAAGGCCCGGGGUAAGAAGGAUGAUGCGAUGAACAUUGAUGAGUCCGAAGCACCUCAAGUUCUCGAUAAGCCAACCGACGACUGCGACGAUAUGGAUGUUGUUGCGCCGGAAGAUAUCGAGAUGGAUGACGACGUCCCCUCGGUUCCCGAAACGGAGAGGAAAGGUGUGCUGCUCGACGAUCAUCACUACUUUUCCGAGGAGGAAGAAGAGGUUGCUGCCCGGCCGAAAAGAGUGCCUAGAGGAACUUCUUCGUAUCAAGCAGCCUGGUACCUCGAUGACGAUUCCGACUCGGCAUCGGACAUGGUGUCUCUGGAUGGACAGGACGAGGACGGUGAUGAGAUGGCCAUGGACACAGAGGGUCGCCCCGAGGAUGGCGUGUUUCCCGAACACAACGAUGCCAUGACGGAAGCUGGUCCUUCGGAAUAUCCGCAAUCAGAGAUGUUCGUCGACCGAUCACUAGACGAAGAGAUGCAGCAACUGGAGGAGUACCGCGCCAGUCGCAGGAAAGAGGAGAAGGAUGAUCUGGAAUUUCCUGAUGAGAUUGAACUGCAUCCUAACGUCCUGGCUCGGGAGCGAUUGGCGAAGUAUCGUGGUCUGAAGAACUUCAAGACCAGCCGAUGGGAGACGUCGGAGGAUCGGCCAUACGAGCCAGAAGAUUGGCGACGCCUCCUCCAGUUUGCCGACUAUAAAGCCUCCAAGAACAAGCACAUUCGAGAAGCCCUUGUGGGCGGAGUAGCUCCGGGCACCCGCGUUGACGUCCACCUCCGAGCGGUGCCGGCCUCGCUGCGUGAUCGACCAUCGCCGCUGGCAUUAUUCUCGCUCCUUCGGCAUGAACACAAGCACACUGUCGUCAACAUCAACGUGACGAUGAGCUCUAGCGUCGAGUCGCCUCUCAAGUCGAAGGAGGAGGUCAUCAUGCAAUGCGGUCCUCGCCGUCUCCUUGUCAACCCGAUCUACUCCGCAGCAGGGAACACGCCCAACAAUGUGCACAAAUUCGACCGAUUCCUGCAUCCGGGCCGCAGCGCCAUUGCCAGCUACAUCGGUCCCGUGAUCUGGGGCGCAGUGCCUGUGCUGGUAUUCAAGAAACAGCAGGUCAAGGAUCCCGAAGUUCUGGAUUCUGCAGAUGCUGCCCCCAAUAAUAAUAACGGCACCAUCAACCGCCUGCAACUCGUCGCGACGGGCACAGUCGUCGCAUCCGACCAGUCGCGCGUGGUCGCCAAACGGGUCAUUCUUACCGGCCACCCAUACAAGAUCCACAAGAAGGUCGUCACGGUCCGGUACAUGUUCUUCAACGCCGAGGACGUCAACUGGUUCAAGGCGUUGCAGCUGUGGACCAAGAGAGGCCGCAGCGGGUACAUUAAAGAGAGUCUGGGCACGCACGGGUACUUCAAGGCAACGUUUGACGGCAAGAUCAAUCCGCAGGACGCGAUUGGAAUCAGUUUGUAUAAGAGAGUGUUCCCGAGAAAGGCGAGGCCUGUGGAGGAGGUUGAAGGCUAUGCAUGA